CCUAUUUUCGACGCAUGUCAGUUGUACAGUCUUCCUGUUCGCUCGUGGCUAGAGGACGUUGGUGUCACAGAGGAGAGGGGCUCUUCAAGUAUUUUUUAUUUCAUCGGAAGUCAGAAAAGAAGAAACAGAAGCAAAAUGUUCUCCCGAGCCGUGAGACCCACCGUCAGCCUCGCCCGGAGCCUGUCCACCUCUGCGCAGAACAACGCUAAGGUGGCGGUGCUAGGAGCCUCCGGCGGCAUAGGCCAACCGCUGUCUCUACUUCUUAAGAAUAGCCCCCUGGUGAGUCACCUCUCCCUGUACGAUAUUGCCCACACCCCCGGGGUGGCUGCGGACCUGAGCCACAUCGAGACCAGAGCUCAGGUGACCGGCCACAUGGGUCCAGACCAGCUCGAUGCUGCUCUGCAGGGCUGCGACGUCGUGGUCAUCCCCGCCGGUGUGCCCAGAAAACCUGGCAUGACCCGUGAUGACCUUUUCAACACCAACGCCACCAUCGUAGCUACCUUGGCCGAUGCCUGCGCCCGCAACUGCCCAGAAGCUAUGGUCUGCAUUAUCGCUAACCCUGUCAACUCCACCAUCCCUAUUACAUCAGAGGUCAUGAAGAAGCAUGGAGUGUACAAUCCCAACAGAGUGUUUGGUGUCACAACCCUGGACAUUGUCAGAGCAAACACCUUCGUGGCAGAGCUUAAAGGCCUUGACCCAGCUCGUGUCAAUGUGCCAGUCAUUGGAGGUCAUGCUGGAAAGACCAUCAUCCCCCUCAUCUCCCAGUGCACUCCAAAGGUCGAGUUCCCUGCUGACCAGCUCUCUGCUCUCACCGGCAGGAUCCAGGAGGCCGGCACAGAAGUGGUGAAGGCCAAAGCUGGAGCUGGAUCUGCGACCCUCUCUAUGGCUUAUGCAGGUGCCCGCUUCACCUUCUCAGUUCUCGACGCCAUGAAUGGAAAGGAGGGUGUGGUUGAGUGUGCCUAUGUCAGGUCUGAGGAGACGGAGUGCAAGUACUUCUCCACACCUCUGCUCCUGGGGAAGAACGGCAUUGAGAAGAACCUUGGGCUGGGCAAGCUGUCUGCCUUCGAGGAGAAGCUGGUGGCUGAUGCCAUGGGCGAGCUGAAGGCUUCCAUCAAGAAGGGCGAGGAUUUUGUGGCUAAUAUGAAGUGAACAGGGACAUCAAAUUAGUUGAAAACAUCAGCUGUGAUUGAUAAAUUGUCUUAUAGGCAUCUGGCUAAAUCUGAAGAUCUGUCACAGUGUUUCCUCUUUUGUUUCUGUCAUAGCAGUAAGAUCAUCCUGAUUUGAAUCACAGUCCUUUCUUCUAAAUAUCAUUCCCUUUAGCUUUUCAAACAUGGCUUUAUUUUGAACCUUUGAUUUGUGUAAAUACGCUGUACUGUGACUUAUCUAUUUUUUUGCAACUCGAAAGAAAGUUUCAUAUAUUUUCAUGUACAGUCUGUAUUAAUGGGGAUUUCUCUGCUGAGUGAAUGAGGAGGAAAUACUGUCAUCAUGCCUGUUGAUGCAAAUAGAUGUUACUGGUGAACAAAGAUUCUCACUCCAACAAUAAACAGUCUAGCUUUAAAAUAA